UUAUAACCUAUUAACUAUGAAUAUGGACAGCACUUCAGAUGAAUUAGAUAUCAAUGAUUCGUUGAAUAUUGCUACUCAAGAAUGGAAUCGAAUUACCGAUGCUGCUAAGAAGAUUGGUUAUCGAGAAGGAGUAGAAGAUGGAUCAAAUUCUGUUUUUCAAGAAGGUUUUAACAUUGGAUAUAGGGAAGGCUUCCAAACAGCUUUUAUUUUAGGAAAAUUUAAAAGUUUAUUAAACACUAUACCACAAGAUGUCAGCCAUCCGCAAAAUAUAACUGAAAAUCUUGAUAAAACUAAAAGAGGUGCAUGCCAUUUAUGUAUAACAGAUACAAACAAUGCACAGAAAAUUUUUUCUAAGAUCAUUAAUGAACAAAGAUUAUACUCAGGAAGAGUUCUUCAAACAUUGUAUCAGUAUUUUCAACCAUAUGUAAAACAAUUAAAUAUUAGCGAAUCAGAUAUAUUAAAAAUACAAAACUUUUCAAAACAAGAAGAUAAUUAA